CCCCCCUUUUUUUUUUUAGUUCAAAUGUUUGUUUAUGUGAGAAGACAGCAUGCCAUUUUGAAGUAUGACAGAAGUCCUGAUGCUGCAACAGAGGCUAGGAAUAUUAAUGGCCAAAUCUAGAGAUUACAUGGUCUUCUAAAGAAGUCAUGGGUAGCUGUUGUAGCUGUCCAGAUAAAGAGACAGUCCCAGACAACCAUCGAAACAAAUUUAAGGUCAUUAAUGUAGAUGAUGAUGGAAACGAACUGGGUUCUGGCAUAAUGGAACUUACAGAUACAGAACUAAUUUUAUACACCCGUAAACGGGAUUCCGUAAAAUGGCACUACCUCUGUCUUCGUCGCUACGGCUAUGAUUCAAAUCUCUUUUCUUUUGAAAGUGGUCGAAGAUGUCAAACUGGACAAGGAAUCUUUGCCUUCAAGUGUGCUCGUGCAGAAGAAUUAUUUAAUAUGCUACAAGAAAUCAUGCAGAACAAUAGCAUAAAUGUGGUAGAAGAACCAGUAGUAGAAAGGAAUAAUCAUCAAACGGAGUUGGAAGUUCCAAGAACCCCUCGAACACCAACCACUCCUGGGUUCAGUGCACAAAGUUUACCUAAUGGGUAUCCCAGAUAUCCCUCCUUUGGAGAUGCUUCAUCACAUCCUUCUAGCAGACAUCCCUCUGUUGGAAGUGCACGGCUUCCUUCUGUAGGUGAAGAGUCAACACAUCCAUUGCUUGUAGCAGAAGAACAAGUGCACACUUAUGUCAACACUACUGGUGUACAAGAGGAAAGAAAAAAUAGGUCAAGUGUGCAUGCACCACUGGAAUUAAGGCUUUCCAAUGCUGAAACAAGCAAGACAACAGAAGAUCACAAUUGCAUUGAUGAUAGAGAUGCUCAGGUUCUCUUGGAGCCUGGAGGAGUCAAAUUUGUUUUAGGACCAACACCUGUUCAAAGACAAUUAAUGGAAAGAGAGCAACUGGAGCAACUUGGGAGAGACCAAGUUAGUGGCAGUAGUAUGAACAACUCUGAAUGGGACACUGGGUAUGACAGCGAUGAACGUAAAGAAACACCUUCUGGUAAUAAACUCGUGUAUGAAAAUCUAAAUAGAUUAUCAAUCCCUACUGCCUCAGGAGUCAGGAGAGGUCGUUUGACAUCAACAAGUACCUCAGAUACCCAGAAUAUCAACAACUCUGCUCAAAGAAGAACUGCAUUAUUAAACUAUGAAAAUUUGCCAUCUUUGCCUCCUGUUUGGGAAGCCCGCAAGCUAAGUAGAGAUGAAGAUGACAAUUUAGGACCAAAGACCCCAUCUCUGAAUGGUUACCACAAUAACCUAGAUCCAAUGCAUAAUUACGUAAAUACAGAGAAUGUAACUGUGCCAGCAAGUGCUCAUAAAGUAGAAUUUACACGACGUCGGGACUGUACACCAACAGUCUUUAACUUUGAUAUUAGACGUCCAAGUUUAGAACACAGGCAGCUCAAUUAUAUACAGGUUGACUUGGAAGGUGGCAGUGACUCCGACAACCCUCAGACUCCAAAAACUCCUACCACUCCACUUCCACAAACUCCAACCAGGCGCACAGAGCUGUAUGCUGUGAUAGACAUUGAAAGAACUGCUGCUAUGUCAAGCUUGCAGAAAGCACUGCCACGAGAUGAUGGUACAUCUAGAAAAACUAGACAUAACAGUACUGACCUGCCUAUGUGAGCCUGGGAAGCAUUAAAUCAUUUGCACCUUUUGUGAAGUUUAUAAAAUUGAAGAUGCAAAUAGUUCAUUUGCAUUUCUUAACACUAAUGCCUUUUAUAGACUAAUAGACUUUUUUCUGAAUACUUCAUGAGCUUGUUUAACUAAAGGGAAAUAAUGUAGAGCAGGUACUCAUUAAAUAACACUAUUUCAUUCUAUGUAGUAGUAAUUGCUAACUAGAAGCAUUGCCACUUUUCACAGUGCCUCUUUACUUGAUUAGAGUUGGAGUGACAUGCCAGUUCUGAAGUUAUCAAUAUUCUGGCCAUGUGCCUAUAGUCAUUAAUGGCAUUUAUAACAUUUUAUAAAGCCUUGUGAUGUACAUUACUAGCUGGUAGCCCUAAUUUUGCAAAGUUGAUAUUUGGACCUUCACUCUUCAUUCAUUUUGCCUACUCCAGUAUGAGGAGUGUGAGUAAUUCAUUAUCCAGUCAGUUAGACUUACCUGAUAUAUUUUGGCUCAUGUGAAGGGGUAUAAACACCAUGCUUCUUUGUAUAUGUCAGUUCAUUUUUUGUAUCAUUUGGACAAGCUUCAGAUUUAAAGUUUUCUUAAUUUCUGUAACACUGAGGGGUGACAUCAAGUUCACUUCGUCAGAGCUGUAAUUGCAUCUGAAAUCAGCCGUAAGUCAUUUCUGCUAGAAAAGAUUUCCAAGUGGCCAUAUCAAGCUUCCAAAAGAGUUUUGCAGAAUUUUAAUCUGAGUUUUCUGAAGGAAUACACAGGUUGGUUGUAUCUGUGAAUAAGGUUUUCUUCAGUUUCACAGUUCUGCUCACUUUUCCAUGUUCAUGUGCGAGAUAGCUUCUUUAACUGAUUCUGUAAUGUCUGUAAAUUAAGAAGAGUUAGGUUUUUGUGCAUAAUUAUAACUGUUUCAGGUUUUUGUGUGUGUUGCUCCUAUUCAGUUUGCACAUGGUAAAAAAAAAACACUCUUGAAGGUCCAGUGGGAACUUUUGUUCUUAAAAGGGUUGCCUUUUUCCAGUGUAUUAUUGUUUGAUUUACAUCUCAAAAGUGUAAGUGUCCAGCAGCCUACAGCAAGUUGAAAAGUGUAUUAUGUAUUUGUGUCUUCCUCUGAAGCAUCAAAUAUAGUUCACCACAGGAAGCAAAGAACUGCAUCUGGUAGUUCAAUGCAGCAAUUAUUAAAUUCUAGCAUUGUGGAGCUAUAGAUGAUGUACUUGGGUUUAGAGAGAAUUAGUGACUUAAAAUAUGUAAAGAAUUUUCUGAAGGUAAUAUCUAUGAGCAUACAUAUUUUCCUUUUGCAUGUAGUAAACUCAGUACCUCUAAUGGCUUAAUUGCUGCUCAAUGUUAUAAGACAUCCAGGUAGAAUCCAUCUGCUGAACAUGCCAGGUAUACCCUUGACAGUCACUACUCUCUAUAUUAAUAGAAUUGAUAGCAGUACAGAAGCUGCAGCACAGGACCAGAAAGAAAAGAGAUUAAGCUUGAGCAUGUGAUUUCAAAGAAACUGACUAAUAUGUGAACUUGUGUGAUGUAUAAUAAUCCUUGAGCUGUGGGUAAGAAAAAAAUCACGUUCAAGAAACCAUGGAAAGGGUCCUGAAAAAAUCCUUAGGGUCCUCAUGCAAUAUUUAAAUUGAACUUUCAUUUAAAACACUGUUUCCGGUCCUUUGAAUACUAUGAAGGACGUUCCUGCUCUCUAUUACAUUUUCUUUUUUCUUCAGCCAGAUAAUAGCAGUAGGAGUGAUAUUUCCAAUACAUUUUUCCUGUUCACGCCAGUGAGAGAGAAUGGUAACCUCACUUAUAUCUGCCAGGCCUUUUUUCUUCAGGAAGGAUUUCCAGUGUUCUUUACAAACUUCAAUACUGAAAUGCAUCUGGAUGCACAAUCAGUACACUUCACAGAAGCAAGGGAAGGGGAGAUUUAGCUGGGGAAAAUGUAAGAAAAACUCACUGAAAUCAAGAAACUUUUUCAUAAUCGUUUCACUAUUAGUCUAUGCACUUGUAUACAUUUUUUUUGCAUGAAUUAGGUGCUCAAAAAAGUGAGGGACUAGUAGCAUUAAUUAGAAACAGACAGUGCAGAUGUAUAGGGUGCUAUAAUUACUCCUUGCUCAGCCCUGACAUUGCACCUCUGUUUUGAUUUGCAAUACAUCACACAUAUAUUAAUCCUGGAUCUGUCUUGAACUAUGAUUGCCAAUUGUUGCAAAUGAUGUGGUGGAUGUGUGAAGUGGGCAAGAACUAGAAUGAAACCAACACGUUCUUGCCAAUUUUGUGAGCUAAGGCAAAAUUUCAGCAUAUUUCCUGCUCUUAAAAGGUUAGGAUGCUUAACUCACCAACUAGCUUAUCUGGAGACUUUUAUGGCCCUUAUCCUUAUAGUAUCUGAGUGUCUUAAUCAUUAAUGGAUUUUAUCCUGAAAUGGUCCAGUAGAGUAGGGAAGUACCAUCCCCAAUUUACAGAUGAGGGAAACUGAGGCACAGUUGGACUAUACAUAGCUUGCUGAAGGUCACACACAGUUUAUGGUUGACCAGGAAUUCAAUCCAGCUCUCCUGAGUUUUAGUCCAGUGCCCUAGCCACUACAUCAUGCUUCCUAGCCAAGACCUACUGUGGACCAUUCAAAAUAAUGUUGUUUCAAACUCUUGCAGUUUUGAGUGUUGUAAUAUUUAGCAUUUUUCUUAACUUUAGAUCCUGGAGUUGUGAAUACUGAAAAAUCUCAUUUUUUUCCUUUUAUUUUUUCUAAAUAAAGCUACAUUUAUUAUCUUCUGGGAAAAAAAGCUUGAAAAUGUGAUUCCUAAAGGAUCAAAAACCAGGAGAUGUCUAAAAAUAAGCUAAAAUCCGAUUAAUGAUAUUUGAAUGCUUGUUGUUGGCAGUACUUUUAAUAAGACAAAUGUAGAAUAAAUCACUUUCCCUUUAGGUGCAGCAUAUCGCUAACAUACAGAGUGCAUUUUAGCAUUAAAGAUGUUAAGUAUGGUGUUUAGGUUCAGACUGUUACCUCCUUUCACACAUUCUUUUAAGAACAUCCCUAAACCUCUUCCAUUUCCCUAAGCAGGUAAUGACGUUGAUUAAGCUGGAUAGAGAUAGGAACUACUCAAUUCGUUUAUGGAAUUGUUUUAUUUAAUUUUUUCCAUGAAGUAGUUGCACUUUACCCUUGGAGACUUGGUCUUUUUAGAGCAGGGGUGGCCUGGAUCUGGCCCCUGAGGCUCAGGCCCCCCCCAGCAUUGGGGAGCCCGUGCUGGCACUCCAGCUCCCCUGCUGCUCCACCGCAGGGCUGGAGCAUACACAAUUUUUCUUGGCUAUGUCCCUUUAGGCUCUAGUGUGGGAGGGGAAUGUGGAGAGUGUCUUUCUCAGUUGGGGGCCACAUCCAUGAGGUUUUUGUGUAUUUUUUUUUGUGUGUGUUUUGCUCCCCACCCCUGUUGUGAUGUUAGACCAGGAUUUCCUAACCUAUGGGUCAGGACCCAAAUAUGAGUCGCCAUUACAUUUCAAAAGGGUCGCUAGGUGGCUCUUAAGGAGCCAUUCACACAUUUUUUUUGAAUUGCCCUGGGUCACCAAGUCUUCCUGACUUGUCAAAAUGGGUCUCCAUCUGGAAAAGGUUGGGAACCACUGCGUUAGACUCUCUAUCUGUAGGCCUGGUGGUUCAGUUUGAGCUGAAAUUUCCCAACUGUAUUCUUAAGCAUAUUUAUUUGUGGACCCACAGGAGCACAGAGCAAGAUGCAAUAGAUGUGUAACAGUUUAUUGGAAAAUAACUGGCAUAAUAUGUGAAGAUUACCUAACCAAUGCCUACAUAAAGUGGCAAUAUUUCUUCUAAUUCUGCUACAUUUCAACUAUGUGCAGUUGGCCCGUGCCUUUCAGGCACAGACCUCUUCCACACUACUGAUCCUCCAGUGUAUAAGAUCUUUAAGCUAGAAAUAGUUUCCCCAUAUGCCACAGCUAGUGAAACAUGCAGUGUGUUAAUGAAUUAUACUACUUUUCAAAGAACUGCUCUAAUGAAUUCUUCUUUGCAGCAUAUAAGAUAUGAGGCACUGUCCAAGACUGCAUUGUUAUUGUUGCAUUGAAAAUGUCAUUAAAGCUGGCUUUUAAUCCGUUGGUUACUGUGACUGGGAUCCUAGGGAGCCACACUCAUUCAAUUAGAGUGAAUUGCAAAGAAUAGGACAAACAAUCCUCAAAGCUGGUGGAUAGUCCAAUAUUUAGAUUUACCAAACCAGCACAAAACAGCUUCUAUAAUAUAUUACUAGAUACUCAGGAGUCAACAACACAGUUCCCUUAAAAUAACCAACCUCAGGCCUCCAUCUAAAUACCCAAGUAAAAUAUGAUGCAGAUUCAUCAAAAUCUUACACAUCAUAUAAAAAAAAUCUACCAAUCCCAAAGGAUUGAACACGUUACCUGCCAAAUUAAUGAAUAUUCCAGAACUUAUCCAAACAUACUUACAGCCAAUUCUUACUAACUAAACUAAGAUUUUGUAGAAAAGUGAGUAUUGGUUAAGAGCAAUAUACAUUGAUAUGAAUAUGGACUAUGGAGUUCAGAUUCAUAAUAGAUAUGUUGAAUUUUGUAGUUGCAAAGAGUUCUUCCAGAAUUAGUCCAUAGAUUAUAAUCCAGUAUUCAUAUUCAGGGUGAUCCAGAUGGGUCUGGAGAUUUCACUCUUAACAUAAAGUUUUCCCUGAUAAAGCAUCAAGCUGAUCUGAGGUUAAAAGGAUCUGGUUACAAAUAUCUUCAUACUUCUACAGCCCCAGACUUCUCUUCAAAGUGCAAUCUUGUACACUUAUUUCCUAAGUAUCACUGGUUCAUAGGUAAUUUGCUAUAUACUUCAAAGAGAAAUCAAUACAGUGACAUUAUUAUAUUUAUAGUUUAUUUAAAUGUUAAGAUCUCCUUUUGAUCUCUGAAUUAACAGACUACAGCAUAGAAAGGACCCAUUUGAUUACAAUGUUAACCUCUAACAAUAAAAAUACAAACACCAAGAUUGAAUUUGGGUCAUUUAUUUCUGUAAGCUGCUUAACCCUUUCCUGGUAGCAUGUCAGUUACACAAAGAAAAACAAAUACAUACUUCAGAGAUCCAAAAUUAUAUUACAGUUUUUUAGUGAUUGCAUCAAAUAGAUUUUAAAAUGAAUAAUUCUGAAAACUUUAACUAGUUUUAUAACAUUAUUUUGGUUUCUUCUCUGCAGUUUCUAAAUAAAAAAAAUUACACAUUUACUGAUAAUAUAUUCAGUAUAUGGUACAGUAUUUAUACAAUAUGGCCCUAUUCUUGCUUUCAUUUCAAUAAAUGACAAAACUAUUCAGUAAUAAAGCAUCAGACUCCCAAGGAUUUCUUUACAUUUUGCACUUACUCCUUAAACAUGCUAAGACAUUUGACUAUCAGUGUGUUCAGAUCUGACACAAAGCAUUUUAUUGCAACAUAGAGUGCAGUUAUUCUGAGCCACCAGUAGCAUACACAGGGCUCAGGUCAAAAUUUCAAAGCAGGACCACUUUGUGGCCCUGCUCUCUACAACAACUGCAUGAGCAUCUACACUAAUAAUGUUCCUUGGAGCCUCAUCUCCUCUUGUUGAAGAGCUAGUUUCACCCUCCCUAGUGUUUAUGAUAAUCCAUCACCCUUCAACCCAGUCAAGCUUUCAUAUUCACUCACAACCCAGAUAGGCACUGAAAAAAUUGGAGGCAUCUACACUCAAUUCAUUCAACUUAAGGUAAAUUAAAUAAUACUUUCAUGGCAUGACAACCUGAAAGUGGUAUCUAAGUGUGAGACAGAGCAUUGGUUUCAGUGAAGUUAGCCAACUUACAUCCACUGACUAUCCAGUCCACAAUAUUCAUUUCGGUACCAGGGUAGAUAUAUUUAGUCCAGGAAAAUGCAGUAUCAAUAGAGGGCAAUUUGCCUUUGUCAUCUUUCACUUCUUCAAUGAAGAGUGAACAGGUUUUCACUUAGUUGAGUUACUACAUUGAGUGUGUGAUGAUUUGGAGCUCUGUUUGGUAACAGAACUGUCUGCUUCAUAUAAGCUGGAAUCUCUAGCAGAACUCUAUUUCUGCACUGUACUGUUACUUAUGGUUGCAAAUAAAGAUGAUUUUGAGGAACCAUACCGUAGAAACUUGUAGUGCACCUAAUUGAUCUCUUAUGGGAAAAUUUCAUUUCUCUUGCCUGUCACUAGAAGAAGCCAAGAAAAGUUUAAGCCUGUUUGUUGACUGAUAGAAACUGAUUUUGGCAUUUAAAUAGUUUUUUUCCCCAUGAAUAACAGCUUAGGCAUUCAAAUUUAACAGAUUUAUUCAUAACAAUAUUUUAUCAAACUCAUUUAAGGAGUGCUCACAUUAAAUUAUUUUACAUUCUCAAAAAAAAAAAAAAAAAAGGCCUGGGGAGAAAUUAAUUCUAGCACAAAAAGCUGUGUUAACAUGGAGUUAAGGUUGCUGGUGUCCAUUUUUAAAUAGUACUCAGUAAAGAGACAGGAAAACUUGAUUUAAAAUUUUUACCGUCUUUAGAAAUUAUCUUCUUCCAGACAAUAGGCAUAGAAAAUUAAUAGGAUAUUAAAAUUUACAUAGCAGACUUAACUCUGACCAUGCCUCUGUUAAUAUUUCUUGUAAUUGUACUUCAAGUAUGACUAAGACAUUUGUCAGAUGUAUUAUUAGGACAUUAUCCUAGUGUUUACUCCAGUUUAAUGCAGUCUUUUGUGUGGAAAUAUGUAGGUAUAUAGGUGGAAAUAUGUCUGAGAGAUCUUUAAAAAUCAUGAAACAAAUAUUGGACUUCUCUAUAUUUUGUUUUAUAUAUUUACAAAGGGCAUUUAAAUUUUUUCUUUCAGCUUUAAUAAUUAUCUAGUGUGAUAAUACACAUUGUGACAAAGUUUUCUGAUAUAUCCAUUACUUUGCUGUAUUUCUAUUUAAUGUAGCAAAUACAUGUAUAUACAAAUGAGAUGAUGUAAAAAUAUAAUUAAGAAUUAGAUUGUAUGCUCCUCGGGGCAGGGACUAAGUCUUCCUUUGUGUUUGUAAAGCACCUAGAAAAAUGGGACCCCAAAGCUGGUUGGUGUCUGAAAAUGACAAUGAUAAAUUUUGGAGACGAUGACAGAGAUUCAGGGCCAGAUCUUCACCUUUAAAGCAUGAGUACAAAGUUGUCAUGAAGCUUACCUUUCCUUUCCUUGAGUCUGGCGCUAUUUUCCAGGUAUGUUCCCCCCACCAACUGUAAACCAGUCGAAAAUCACAGCAGGUGACAAGCAUAGGAGUAUAUAGCAGCUAUGAUAUCCUCUCUACUGCAGCAGAGGGGGGGUGUGAGGUAGGAGCCUUUCUGUGGUGAUCUUAAGCUGGAAACAGUGUCAUUGAAGCCAACAGAAAUAUUCAUUCACCACUGCAACCCACAGAGAGAUUUCUGUUAAUUUCAACAUCUGUUGAACCAGGUGCUAUCUGAUCAGAUUCUGCUGGCAAUGAGUGCAAAAUGACUGCACUAUCCCAGAGUAUCUGGCUGAUCAUGCUAUCCAGGAAUGACCUAAAAAUACUGUAAAAAUGUAAUUGAUUGAGCUGUUAUGUAUGAAAGAAAAUUAUAAGUGUGAAAGAAACAGCUCAGGAUUGCUUGUAUUUUUAAUGCUAGGAAUGGGCAUCAGCAGCCUUGACUCCAAAUUUAAUGCAAGUUUUAGAUUGUACGUGUGUGCGUGUAUACACACAUAAAGUUUACUAUAUAUUUGGUACUAACGUGUUUUCCCUGAAGUUUGCCAAAUCGUAACGCAGACAUUAUUACUAGUAAGAUAUUGGUACUUAAUUACUGGAUGUAUAGGAAAUGCUUCUGGUUUGAAAAGUAUUGUAUGGUAUCCCACAAUACAGUGUAUAACAUCUCAUUCCAUUGUUGCAUCACCUAGGGCUGUUACUUCCGAACCAUUGUCUUCAUCUUAACCUAAAUUUCAAAUUUGCAAUUACAGUAAAACUGAAUACAGCUCUAGCAUGAAAGCUGAGUGGUAGUUAUAGUACAGCAGUCACCAUUGUGCCACAAAUGCAUUUAUUAAAUGCAAAAAUAUAUAUUUCUAUAAAGGCCAAAAUCACGUUUUAUGUUCCUUUACUGUCAUUAUAUUGUAUGAUAUUGUAAGAUUAUUUUAUGUUCUAAUUUGCAUUAUAAAAUGUUUUUUCCUACUUUAAAGGCAUAAAUAUAACAACUUUGUAUAAAGGUAGCUUUCUAGAUUUUUAUUUCUUUAUAAAAAAAAGUCUAAAUAGUGGGAGUACCAUUGCCAAAUUGUUUAUAAAAUUGUCAUGAACUUUGCCCCGUAUGGUUAAUCUUUUACAAACAUUCCGUGUUUUUCUGCAUAAAUACAGUAUUUUUAUGCUGUUUGAAAUCAGCAUAUUAGAAUUUUAAUUUAAUUUUGGUUUGCAUUUCCAUUACUGAUAGCUUACCAAAAUGUUCAUUUAAAAAAUGUAUUGUGUAAUGUUGCCAACAUUGUUCUCCACCUUCAUCAGUGCCAACUUCAUUUAAAAAAAAAAA